AUGAGAAUGGAUAGAAAUAUCGAUACGACUGACACCAAAGACCUGGUUCAACCUGCUCAGCAAACUUAUAUUCAAGAAGUGGUCGCCGUGUUCCCAGACAUCUGUUUACGGUUUCUCCAGUCGAUUGCCCAACCAUCGUCGUUCAAUAGCCAGAUCAUUUCCAAUCAAAUCGUCGAUCUCCUAGAGUCUGGGCAAACAUACCCGAAAAGAGAACAUCCGAAGAAACCUGAUACGAAGAGAAAGCGCGACUCCGAUGGAGAGGACGGCGAUCUUGCAGAGAAGGUUCGCGAAAUCAAGCGCUUUUACACUGUGACUUAUCGAGACCGAGAACCACAGCCGAAACAGCAAAGCAUUAUGACGGGUAUGAUAGCUGGAGACUUUCCUUUGGUCCCCGAACGAGUCAUCCGGAAAGCCUUUGCGGAAAAUAACUUCUUACUUCUCCCAACAUACCUAAACGUUGGUCAAGCCACUCAACGGGAUGAGAAGACUUUGCCCUGGACAUACAAAAAGACACCCACGCCGCAGGAUGAAAGAUACAAGAAAAGAAACAUAAAACAUACAAUGAAGUCUGUCGAAAGGUCUUCAGAGGAUGGGAAGCGGGAAAGAAAACUCAUGAAGGAACUCCAGGCGGCCAGAUUUGUUCACCACCACACUAGAGAAGCCAGUGGCCACCAAGGGGAAGAAGAGGGUUUCGACAAUGCUCAGUCUAAAGACGAGACGAAGGAAUGUGGAUGCUGUUUUACCAACACCGCGAAGGACCGGAUGGUCCAUUGCGACGGCGAUGAUGCACAUUUCUUUUGCAUUUCAUGUGCUCGUCGCAACGCUGAAAUGCAGGUCGGUUCCCGCAAGCAUGAACUGAAGUGUUUAUCCAUAGACGCGUGUAGGGGUGGCUAUUCUCGCAAGCAGAGACAAAGAUUUGUGACAAGAUCACUGGAAACUGCCCUCGAUAGUAUUGAGCAAGAGGAGAGUCUUCGACUGGCCAAAUUGCCCGACCUCGCCCUGUGCCCCUUCUGCACAUAUGCAGAAGAGUAUCCUCCAGUCAACGUUGACAAAGAGUUCCGAUGCCGGAAGUCUGACUGUAUGGUAACAAGCUGCCGUCUUUGCAAACUGGUGAGCCAUGUUCCCAAAUCAUGCAAGGAAGCGGCUCUAGAGCACGGCCGAGAUAGCAGGCGGCAGGUGGAGGAGGCUAUGUCGAAAGCCCUCAUCCGAAGUUGCAACAAGUCCGAGAGCGGUGAUCGACCAAGCAGUUGCCCUCUAUUCGAGGACAGCGAGAAGCGGCAUUCGAAAGAGGUCCAAGAAGCGGAAAAGAAUGCUAAGCAAAAGGUAUUAGAGGAAAAUCCGGAUCUUGAUCCUGAGAGUCUAGAGUUCACGAUCUCAUCCAAAGUCAAGAAAGAUGACGCUCGUCGGAUGAGAAAGUCUGCGAAUACAUAUGAGGCGCGCCACAGACCGUACCUUGGUAACUGA